CUGUUUUUAAAGGAUUGUAGUUUUCGUAGGUCGGUUUCUUUUGAUUUCGCUGUUUAUCAGUCAACACAACCGUGUGGAAGCACCAUUUCCUGCUUUUCUCUGAUUGGAUGCCCGUCUCUUGUUUGUUUUUUGCAGUAUGAUCUCGUGAACACCAUCGGAGAAGCGGCUGCUCUCGGCGCUGCCGGCAUCGUCUCCUGGGGAGACAUGGACGUCACUGAGACGGAGGACUCCUGCUUUGCCGCUCGACACCACCUGGAGCAGGUCAUGAACCCGUACAUCUUGAACGUCUCCACGUCAACGCGACUCUGUAGCGAGGCGCUCUGCCAGGGCCGAGGUCGCUGCGUGAGGAAGCGCUGGGACGACGACGUCUACCUCCACCUCGACCCGUGCCGUUACCGCAUCGAGCGCCAGCUCCCCCGCGGGAGCCGCCACUGGGGCCCGCUCACCGUGCGUGGCGGCCUCUCGCAGGAUGACGUCAACUAUUUUGACCGCAACUUCGACUGCAUGUGCUACAGCGGGACGCCGUGCCGUUCAUUGAUGAUGUUCAACGACGUCCCCGCGGCCGUCGUCAGGGAGAGGAAUGGAGGCGCUCACAGGCCCCGCCCCCUCCUGCUGCUGACGAUGGUGCUCAGUCUGAAGUAUGUCGUGAUGAGGUCAUAAGUUAAUGGCACAAAUCUGAUACUCGUGAUUCAGGACGAGUGGUCGAAGGCACUUAAAGAACAAUCCCACUGUUUUUAAUAUCUUGUUUGUUUCAUAUUUCUGUCUGUGGUAAAACUCAAUGACCGCUUACUAGCUUGUUCCUGAGCUUUCAACUCAAUGACUGAGUUUUUGUAUGUUUGACCAUUAAGAUUGUCUUGUAAUUCAGCUGUACUUUGUUUUCAAAGAGUGCUUUAUAAAUAAACUGACUUGACUUAAACU